GGGGGAGGGGGGGGGCCCAGCCCCCCCUGACCCGCUGUCCCCGCAGAUGUCCGGUGACAAAGGCAUCUCUGCCUUCCCCGAGUCCGACAACCUCUUCAAGUGGAUCGGGACCAUCGACGGUGCCGCCGGCACGGCCUACGAGGAGCUGCGGUACAAGCUGUCGCUGGAGUUCCCCAGCGGGUACCCCUACACCGCGCCCACCGUGCGGUUCCUGACGCCCUGCUACCACCCCAACGUCGACACCCAGGGCAACAUCUGCCUGGACAUCCUCAAGGACAAGUGGUCGGCCCUCUACGACGUCCGCACCAUCCUGCUCUCCAUCCAGAGCCUGCUGGCAGAGCCAAACAUCGAGAGCCCCCUGAACACACACGCUGCCGAGCUCUGGAGGAACCAAACUGCCUACAAGAAGUACGUGCGGGAGACAUACGCCAAGCAGGCCAAGAGCCAGGAAACCUGACCCACGCCACCUCUCCCCGUCAUCCUUGGGUCCCUGCCUGCUCCCUCUCCGGCCGCUUCCCCCGGCUUUCUGUAUCAUAGGCUGUUUUUAAAUUAAUUUUGCAGUCCGAGCUACGGUUAAUGUAUAAAUAAAUGCAUGCUUAUAACUUUUA